AUGUCAUAUAGCAUGAAAACCUCAACCAAUCUAGGUAUGAUGAAGAAAAGCAACAACAUGAAAAAAUCAGUCAACAACAGUUUGAAUGCUCAUUCUGAUUCAACAAAAAGCUUAAAAACUGAACCAUCCAAAGAGGACUUCUAUAUUUAAAUAUCUCCACGUUUGGAAACCAAAACGUUAACUUUUACCAAUUAAAUCAAAAAACUCAAAGUGAUCUAACAUGAAGAAGUUGAAGUGAACCAAGGAGUUAAAUCACAAAGUCAACCUUCAAAAGAAAAAAUAAGAAAUAUUGUUCAAAAACUAAGACAAGAGUAGCCAAAGAGCCAUUUUUAUAAUGACAUGUAGGUUUCAAGGAGACUCAAAACCGAACAAUGA